CCGAGCCGAGCGUACACACUGUACGGCCGCCGUACAUUUUUGUUCCGUUCAGAGUCUACGGGAGAUAAUCGGUGAGUGUGCGCGGCGUAUUACUCGACCGAAAUUUAUUGGAAAAAAGGGUAUUGCAUAUACACACCACGGGCACGUAUGAUUUUCUAGUGUUGUUAUUAUUUUUCGUAUACGAAUUACGUGUGCUGUGCGCGGUCGACCGUGUGCGUGUACGCGAUUGUCGUUUGUGCAGUGUGUCGCGUUAAUAUUUUCCUCGUCGUCCGCGGGCCGAAUCGAAUUACCGCCGUAGAUUUCGUUUUCUCCGUUCGUGGCGUCCGUGUGCCGCCGCCGAUACACCGGGAUAGGAUAUUCGUCCGAGAGGUGCGUCGUAACCUUUUGCCGUCCUAACCUCGUUUCGCGUUUCUCGCCCGUCGUCUUUUUUUGUCGUUUUUCCCGUCGUCGUCGUCGUCGUUCGUUUCCCGUUGACGCACCGCCGCCGCCGCCGCCGCGCACACGCAGUGCCAACGAACGGGCCAUGUCCGAUGCCGGUGCGGACACCGACGACGUGCACGGACGCAGCGGACGCGUCAAGUGAUAAUAAUUAUGUACGGUGCGCCAUGUUCAAUAUUCGGUUUGCCGAGUGCAAACGGCUCGGGCAUAACGUAGCUGAUUCGUGUUAUUAUGUACUACGCUGGCGUUGACGGGUGGCGGCGGCGGGGUGUUGGCAAACGUUCUGCUGCCUGUAACGUCGUCUAACAUGGCUGCUACGCACGCGGAAAACCAGCCGGGCGGCGACGUGAACAAUCGCGACCAAGAUAGGCCGCUGGACGUGCCCGGUUUCCAGAACGGCAGCCACGAGCGCAGGGCGCCAAUGAGCGGCAGCGGCCUGAUGGCGCCGGAAUCGCCGAAAGGUAAGCAGCAACAGCAACAACAACAGCAGCAGCAGCAGCAACAGCAGCAGCAGGUGCCCACCAACCACCACAAUUACGACGGCAUGAGCAGCGGCAAUGGUGGUGGCCCGCUGUACGGCCGGCCGGAGCACGGCGACCAGCCGACCGGCGAUGGUGACAUGCCCAAAACUAAUAAUUUCGAACAAACGCCGCCCGACAAGGACGGAUAUCCGCCGCCUCCUCCUGGCGGCUAUCGCAACAGUUUUGGUCACCAUCAGCCACCUCCUGAACAGCACCAUGCCAAUAGCAAUGCGGAGCCCAACAGUUUUAGCCAGUUCAGGCACGCUUACCCCAAACCGAUGAUGCGGGUGCCCGGACCGCCGGGAACCAUGUUUCCCCAGCGGCAAUACUUGUCCGGCCAGAGUAUAUCUCAACCGACAGGACCUACACCCACGCUCAACCAGCUGCUGCAGUCAUCAAAUCCGGCGACGCGAUAUCAGAACAAUUACGGCAACGAAUAUCCCAAGCCCGAUGGUUCUCAACCGCCGCCGGUUCAAAACCAACAACAGCAACAUUACAACCAAACUUGGCCACCGCCAAGACAUAACAUGCCACCUUUUCCUCCUCAGCACGGCAUGCCUUAUAGAAAUAUGCCACCAUCGGCGAAUCCCAGAGGACCUACGCCUCCGCCGUCGCCUGGCCAUCAGGCUCAUUAUCCACCACCGCCGUCUUCGCCCACCGGAUACCAGCAGCACCAUCGGGUACCGCCUUUACACCAUCAGUAUCCACCGGGGCCACCGUCUCAGCAGCAGCAGCAGCAGCAAUCGCAGCAGCCGCCACCUCAUCAACAGGUACCUUAUGGCAGCUACCCGAACCAGCAACCGCCGGUCGAUCGUCAACAGCAGCAGCAGCAGCAGCAACCGCCGCCUCAACUUCCUCCACAACCGCCUCAACAACAACCCCACGGCGGUCUGGGGCAGACGACGUCGUCGCCGGCGUCGGCGAGCCCACCCGCUUUGCCUCCCGUGUCGCAGGGUCAAAAUGCCCAGCAACAUUCGUCGCCGACGCCGCCGCCACAACCUCAGCAGCAGCCACCUCAUCAGUCACCGCCGCAGGUUCAUCCGGAUUUGACAAGUCAAAACAGUAACGAUAGUAAUUGUGGUACUGGUGCUGGCAAUGGUGGCACUCCUUUGCGGCCAUCGCCGUCUCCUACAGGAUCUACUGGUUCGCGUUCCAUGUCGCCGGCUGUCACAGCACCGCCGGGUGGUGGACCGCCUCAACAACAACAGCAACAGAACAUUCCAAUGCCGCCUAGGCCACCAAGCAGUCAACAGCAGCCUGAUCCAGGGCAAGCUACUCAAAAUAAUAGAAUGAGUCAUUCGCCUAUGGGGCCACAACAAGGAUAUCAACAACAACCAUCCCCACAACCUCCAAGUGGAAUGCCUCAUAUGACGGGUCCUUCAUCUGGAGCACCAGUACAAAAUCCGUACAAAAUGCCUGGACCAAAUCCUUAUGGCCCCCCUCCACCUGUAUCAUCACAUAGUGGUUAUCCUUCACAACAGCAGCCUGCUCCGCCUAUGGGAUCAUACCCUCAACAACCUCCUGGUAAUUACGGUGCUAGACCUCCUGGUAUACCUUAUCAAGGGUAUCCACCACCUAAUAGUAAUGGUCCUCCACAACAAUACUCUCCUAGAGGUAUGCCGAUGCAUCAUGGACCCCCUCAUCAAUUUCCUCCUUAUCAAGGAUGGCCUGGUAGUGGUCCACCACAAGCACCACCUCCAUUAAAUAAUAGUCACCAUAGUGGUCCUGUUCAACCACCUACACCUACCAAAGUACCUCCCCCAUCAUCUUCCCCACAACAGCAGCAGCAGCAGCAGCAACAACAACAACAGCAACAACAGUCACCACAACAAACACAGCCUCAACAACACCAACAACCACCAAUUCAGCACCCUCCCCCUGCACAAUCACCAUUACACCAUCACCAUCCGCAUCACCCGCCCCCUCCGGGACCCCAUAUGCAUCCACAUGCUCAUCAAAUGCAUUCAAUGCAGCAAGGCACUUCUCCUGGACCACCUCCACCUGUCUCACCUGGUCCCAGGCCUCAUACACCACCUCAUCCACACUACCUCAAGCAACACUUACAGCAACAACAUAAAGGGCCUGGAGGCUAUCAGACAUCAGGUCCAAUCCCACCUAAUUCUGGGCCAGGAAAUUAUUUAAAUUCAAUGCCUCCACAUAGUAUGGGCCCACCAGCACCAGUUCAAUCAAAUACUGGUCCUCCAAUGGCACCACCAAACCCUUCAAUGAUGUCAGUUGAUCACGAAGUAUCACAACAACAGCAAAGUCUUAGUGGUGUUGUAACUUCUGUUGUUACUACUGGACCUGAUGGUACCGCUAUUGAUGAUGCAAGUCAGCAAUCGACUCUAUCUAAUGCCUCAGCAGCUUCUGGUGAUGACUCAAAUUGUACAACACCUAAAAGAAAAGAAAACAUGAGUGGUGGUAUGAUGUAUCAACAAGGAAUGGGUGGUAUUAUGGGACCACCAUGUUCACCUGCCCAUGAUGAGUACUCAAAUCCGGAUCCAAUGGCACCUGCUUGGCCUAGAGGACCUCCAUCUCAUAAUCCAGUAUUUAAUAGCCACAUAGCUCCUCAAAACGAACAUGUAUAUCGACCAAAGAAACAUGACAGCUUGAGUAAACUGUAUGAAAUGGAUGAUAAUCCAGAGCGGCGCAUUUGGUUGGAUAAAUUAUUACAUUUUAUGGAAGAAAGAGGAACACCAAUUUCUACAUGUCCUACUAUCUCCAAAAACCCUCUUGAUUUGUUCCGCUUGUAUAUAUAUGUUAAAGAGCGAGGAGGUUUCAUGGAGGUUUGCAAGGUAACAAAAAAUAAAAUAUGGAAGGAUGUUGCUGGUUUAUUGGGUAUUGGUGCAUCAUCUAGUGCAGCUUACACUCUAAGAAAACACUACACUAAAAAUUUGUUACCGUAUGAAUGUCACUUUGACCGUGGAGGCAUCGAUCCUAUACCUAUAAUCAAUCAAGUUGAAUCUUCCUCAAAGAAAAAAAGUUCUAAAGCAACAUCUGUGCCUUCUCCUGGUUCUGCAGGAUCUAAUUCACAAGACUCGUUACCAUCUGCACCAACUGCUCCAGGACCCGGUCAUGUAGAUGGUUACCCAGGAUAUGGAGGUUAUAGUGGUCCACAAGAUUAUAAUUCACCUCAAAGACCUCCUCAUCCUCCUCAUGGAACUCAAGGAAGUUACCAAGGACAAGGUGGAUACAACCAGCAGUAUCCAGGCAGCAAUGAUCAGUAUGGACAACAUUAUCCACCAGUUAGUACUCCAGUUGGUUACCCAAGUGGCCCAGUGAGACCACCUUUAUAUCCACCUUAUUCAAAUGAUGCCGACAGAAAUUAUGGUGGUUCAGUUCCUCCUCCACAAGGCCCACCUAAUACUCCUCAGGGACCUGGCAAUGGUCAAGAUCCAUAUGGACGUGGACCAGUUCCACCACCAUCUGGCUAUCAACAACCACCCAGGUUUCCUGGACCGCCACCACCACAGAAUUCUUCACCUGCUACAGUAAACCAAACACAAGGAGGAUCAGUUUCUACCCCUGGCUAUCCACCUGGUCAGCAACCUCAACCAGAUUAUUAUCGACAAGAACCUCCCGCUAGUCCUGGAUAUCCACCUACUAGUGCUCCGGGUACUUACCCAGGAAAAGGAAUGCCACCUCCACAGCCACGGCGUCAUCCUGAUUUUGCUAAAGAUCAACAAGGUGGUCCUCCCCAGCCAGCUGGUUAUCCAGGUUAUGGUCCUCAGCAACGACCUAUGUAUCCAGGAUGGACAGGUACACCAAAUGCUGCUUCUAAUCAAUAUCCGAGACCUGGAUAUCCACCUGGAUCUCAACCACCACAGAAUUGGUCACAGGGUCCACCACGUUCUAUGCCUCCAUCACACCCAGGACAACCACCCCAGUGGGAACAACAUAGAUAUCCACCACAAGGACAACCUUAUGGUGCUCAACAAAAUCAUUGGGGUCCAAUGGCACAAGCACAAAUGAGGAUGCCUAGACAUGGAUAUCGCCCUGACGGAAGUAAACCGUAUGGACCACAUGGUCCAAUGGCUCCACCACCACAUAUGAAGCCUGGAAUGCCAGGGCAACCAAUGUUUCAAGGCAGUAGUUUAUUGAAGCGAGAAGUUAUUUUCCCUCCUGAUAGUAUAGAAGCUGUAACACCAAUUCUUUACAAACGACGUCGAAUGAUGCGACAUGAUGUUGCACCUGUGGAUGCAUGGCGAUUGAUGAUGUCUUUACGUUCAGGUCUUUUAGCUGAGUCUACUUGGGCCUUGGAUGUGCUCAAUAUAUUGCUGUUUGAUGAUGUGUCUAUACCCUUUUUUGGACUAACACAUAUGCCUGGAUUAUUAGAUGUACUCUUAGAACAUUUCCGGCAGUCACUAGUUGAUAUGCUUGAUACUGAUAUCAAAUCGUAUUGCUGGUAUGAAAAGUCUAAAGUGAUAGAAGAUAUACCAGAUGUUGGUGCUGUAGAUAAUGUAAAUCCAAAUGAAAAAGCUUAUUUCCCAGAUCCUAAUUUCCCAAAUCAACGACCAAUUAAGAGUUCCGCAAUUAUUGAUGGAUCUAAAGAAUUAUUUAUUAAAAAUGGCAAGAGAUCAUGGGAUGUAAUUGAUAAUUAUGACAUGGGAUAUAACAUUGCUGAAACAGAUACAAGUUUUCUUGUACCUUGUUUUCGUUCAGAGUUUGGUCUUGUGCCAUUUGUCAAAUUACUGAAGAGUAAUAAACCUAAAGCAGAAAUAUUAGAUAAUAAGGCAUGUAUAAAAAAAGAAUUAGAUGAUAAAGAGUUAGUACAAAACAGUAUUGACAAUAUUGUAAGUAUAAAAAAUAUUAAUGUACGUGAUCCAAUGGGCGUAUUAAAGCGCAAGAGCAUAACAGACUAUGAAGAUGAAAGUUUCUCUAAAGAUGAAUCAAGCUUGUCAUUAAUAAGCGAAAGCCAAGAUUCCAUUGGUAAACGGUGUGUGUGUAUAUCGAAUAUCUUACGAAAUCUUUCAUUUGUUCCUGGUAAUGAAUUAGAGUUUGCUAAAAGUGGCCCAUUUCUUGGUUUGGUUGGCAAGCUGUUAUUAACACACCACGAACAUCCACUGCGCUCGUCAAAAACUAGGAAUUAUGAUAAAGCUGACGAUGACACAGAGUCAUUAUUCAAUUGUACUACAACAACAGAUGCUGAUACAAUUGAACCAGGCAAUGACGCAAAGUGGUGGUGGGAUUACUUAGACGUUGUCAGAGAAAACUUGCUAGUUUCUUUGGCUAACAUUGCUGGUUAUGUUGAUUUGAGCACAUUCAAUGAAGAUAUUUCACGGCCUAUCUUAGAUGGUCUGCUACAUUGGGCUAUAUGUCCGGCAGCUGCAGGCCAAGAUCCGUUUCCUUCAGCACCACUCUCACCUCAACGACUAGCAUUGGAAUGUUUAUGCAAGUUAUGUGUCACCGAUAAUAAUGUAGAUCUGGUCAUUGCUACCCCACCUUACUCAAGACUAGAAAAAUUGGCCAACGUCCUUACUCGUUUGUUAUGCAGGACUGAAGAACAAGUACUCAGAGAAUUCGCAGUCAAUUUGUUACACUACUUAGCGGCUGCAGACAGUGGUAUGGCACGUACAAUUGCUCUUCAAAGUCCAUGUGUUUCAUUACUGGUAGCAUUUAUUGAACAGACUGAACAGAAUGCUCUGAGUGUGGUAAAUACUCAUGGGCUGAAUGCACUCCGCGAUAAUCCUGAUUCAAUGGGAACUAGCUUAGACAUGUUAAGGAGAGCAGCGCGAAUAUUGUUGCUAUUAUCCAGACAUCCAGACAACAGACCUUUGUUCUUGCAACAAGAGCAGAGGUUACUGUCGUUAGUCAUGAGCCAAAUACUCGAUCAGCAAGUGGCAGCCCUCAUAUCGCGUGUCCUAUUCCAAUGUUCCAGAAAUACGCCGUCUCCUCUCGCCCAAUAACGAUACGAAUGCAAUUUUUAUUCUUCCAGAUUAAUUCUUUUUUUAAAGUUGUAUAACGGUUUUUUUCACUUACUGCAAAUUAAUUUUCUUUAUGUUUAUUUAUUUAUAAUUGAAUAAAAUAGUUUACUAUUUUACGCAAACAAAUUUCCGGAAUCUUUUGUUUUGAAUCAGUUGGAAAAAAAACAAAAAAACUAAGAAAUUUAAAAAUUAUAUAUAUUAAAAUUAAAUUAAAAUCCUUAGACAAAUCAAACAAAGAGACUGACCGUGUGAUUGUUUUUAGAAUUUUUUUCAAGCUAAUCAAUAAUGUUAAUUCCUUUAUUAUUGAGGUUUUGUUAAUAUUUAUAUUAUAGCCUAUAAAUAGUUGACAUUUUCCGCAUAAACAUUGUGUAUAGUGAACACUUUCUUUUUUUUUUUUAAUGUAAAUAAUGUCCCAAAUCAAUUUUUGUGGGGGUUAUUAUUAUAAAUUAGUCAAACUGAUACUUAAAAAAUGUAACAUUGAUUUUUAUUUAUUUUUUUUUUUAAUAUUUCAAAAAAAUAUUUUAUACUUUGUAUUGUAAUGUAUAUAUAAUGUGUCUAUAGAAAAUAAUAAUUAAUAAUUAUAAUGUUGUAAGUGCGUUUAUUUUUAUUUAUUUUUUAAUUUAUCUCAACCUGAAAAAUUAAUGUUAAAUUGCCUCAAAAUGAAUUGUAUGUAGACUAUACUAUUAAUAAUGUAAUAUAAAAUAUGUUAUUUCAAUAAUAAUAAUAAUAAUUAUUAUUAUUAUUUUAAUAUUAUGAUAUAUAUAUAAUUUUUUUUUUACAAAAGAAACAAAUUUUGUUUUAUCUAGAUUAUGAUAUAUUUAUAAAAAAUUUUAGUGUUUAUUGGAACUGAAUGGACACGUUGUAAAUAUUAACGCGCGUGAAUAUUAUUGUCAUGUACAGUUAAGUAUUUUUCUUUUUGUACAAAAAUCGAAGACUACAUAAAACAAUUCGUAUAUUUGUAGAUGUCAGGCAUCAAUUAAAUGAAAAAUAAAUGGUUGACAUUAUUUAAAAAAAAAAA